AUGUCUUUACUAACCAACGAGGAUUUAGAUUUUGCUUAUGGUGCAACUGCUGGUGAUACAUCUUAUGAUGCACCACCACCAUAUUCAGGUGAAGGUGAAGAAACUACUGGUGAACCUAUACAAAGUGAUUAUGAAACAGCAAUAACAGAUGCAUAUAGUAAUUUAGCGGCAGCAGUGAAUUUUGGGCAAUAUGUUAGUGAUGAUACCUGGGGUAUUAUGUAUUUACCAAAAUCAGCACGACAUGAAUCAAAAUCACGUAUACGAAAAAUCUUACCAGGUGGUAAAGAGGAUAAGUCAGAUGGAAAAUCAUCAACAGGAAAAACAACAAAUCAAAAAGGUGGAUUUUUAAAUCGUUUUCGUUCAGGUGUAAGUACACUUGUAAAAGAUGAAAAUAAUUUACUAUUUGGUGAACGUUCAAAUUAUGAUGUACUUAUGUAUGACGAAGAAGACGAAGAAAUUGAUACAGAUGAUUUACAUCGUUAUGCACAAAAAUUACGUGAUUUAGAAGAUAAUGACAAAGAAAUAAAUCCUGAAUAUCUUGUUUUACGUGAUGGUAAAACAGUUUAUGCUGUACAAGAAACUGAUGCUGAUGGAAAAACGAAAUUAUCAACACGUAAACCAAUUUAUGAUCGUUUUGUUGAUCAAACACCUGAUGAUGAACCAAUGGAAAAAAAGAAAUUUUUCUCUCGUAUAAAAAAUACAUUUUCUCGGAAUAAAGAUAAAGACAACAAAAGUAUCGCUUCACCUAAAUCAUCUAAUGGCACACCGGAUGCUAAUAGAAAACGAAGCACGAAGAAAUCAAGCAGCAAAUAUACUGAUGAUGGCAUGGCAACAACAGCAAAUAGUGAACCGUUAAUGAAUUGA